UUUGAUGCCUCAUCUUUCCCUCUGCAAAGCUCUGCAGUGGGAUUAAAAUAAGCGGUUUUGCAAAAAUGCAAUUUGUAGCUUCAGCCUGGCAUUAUGUAAUUUAAAGGGUACUACGGGGUCAUAAGCCUCCCAUUGAGAGAAUCCUCUGUGGGUGGAGCUGGCAAAUCCCAUUAUUCAAGUUGAAUUACUGAUGAAUAACCUGCUGUGCCUCUCAGUCUAGCAGUACAUGCCUUUCGGUGAGAUCAUUUUCUGGGUGUCUGUUUGUGAGAUGCCGUGUGUUGGAAAGCUAUGCAACAGUUCGCAGGGGAACACAAUGAAUCUAGAAAAACUCAGCAAGCCAGAAUUGCUGACACUGCUGAGCAUCUUAGAAGGGGAACUAGAAGCAAGAGACCUUGUCAUUGAUGCAAUAAAGGCACAGCAUAAAGACAGAUUCAUUGAAGAGCGUUAUGGUAAAUACAAUAUCAGUGAUCCCUUGCUGGCCUUGCAGAGGGAUUAUGAGACCCUCAAGGAGGACAACCACGGACAGAGGCCUCCUGUGUGUUCCAACCCCCUGUUCAUUUUAAAGGAAGUCAUGAAGCAAUGCAAGGCCAUGCAGGAGAGGAUGUUGGCCCAGCUGGCUGCUGCUGAGAGCAGGCAUAGAAAGGUCAUCCUGGACCUGGAGGAAGAAAGGAGACGACAUGCUCAAGAUGCUGCUGAUGGUGAUGAUGUCACAUACAUGCUAGAGAAAGAGCGGGAGAGGCUGGCUCAGCAGCUGGAAUUUGAAAAAUCACAAGUUAAAAAACUUGAGAAAGAACAGAAGAGACUUUCUGCUCAGUUAGAAGAGGAGAAAGCUCGACACAAGAAACUGUCUACGGUUUUAAUGAAAGAAUGUACAAAGGCCAACAACAGAGCAGUGGAAGAAGGACAGAGGGUUGAAGAUGUUAACUUGAAACUGGAAAAAGUGAGGUGCAAGGUUACUCAGCUUGAAGAAGAACUAGCCCAAGAAAAGAAGCGUAGCUUACAGAUGGAAGCUCAGGUGGAAAAACAGCUUUCAGAGUUUGACAUUGAAAGGGAACAGUUUAAAGCCAAGCUGAAUCGAGAAGAAAAUCGGACCAAAGCCCUGAAAGAAGAGCUUGAGUCGUUAAAGAAAACCUUAAAAAACCUGAAGGCUGAUGGUGAAGUCAUAGAAUCUGUUUCCCAGGAUACUGAGUCAAUGUCUAUUGGUGUAUCAACAGAAAAGCUACAGCUCACAUCAGUAUCCUGCCAGACAGGGAGUGUAGCACAUGAAAAAAGUGUUACUGAUGGUCCAGCAAAAGCCCAUAUUUCUCUGUCAACACCUAGUAAAAUUCCUCAGCCAUAUUCAAAAUUAAAUGGACAUUCUAACACAACUGGCCAAAACAGUGAACAUAGUUUAAAGUUGAAUGUAGGGGAUAGCCUGAAAGAGAAAGUGGCAAGUCAUGAUAAUUUGUCUGAAAAUGGAAGUUCACCUGUCAGAGUAGAAUCUCCCUUACAUAUGUUAGGACAUGCUCCUUCUAGCGGAGCUUCCUCUUCCCCUAGCAGUACAGCAGCCUCCUCCUUAACAUCUUCCCCUUGCUCUUCACCUGUUCUCUCAAGGCGUCUUAUUGGAGGCUCUAGUAGUCCUGGCUAUCAGUCAUCAUAUCAAGUAGGAAUCAAUCAGCGAUUUCAUGCUGCUCGCCACAAGUUUCAGUCUCAAUCUGAGCAAGAGCAGCAUGUUUCUGGACUGCAGAGUCCUCCUUCUAGAGAUUUGUCCCCAACGUUGGCGGAUAAUUCUGCUGCCAAGCAACUUGCCCGCAAUACCGUCACCCAGGUGUUGUCUCGUUUCACCAGCCAGCAAACCUCCAGCAAACCUGUACCUCCCAACAGCUCACCAUUUGGCACAGAUUACAGAACCCUUGCCAAUGCCUCCAAUCCGAAGAAUGAUGGUAGCCACUCUCCAAACCCUCUAAAAGUGUCUGGUCCUCUCAGUCCGGUAUCUCCAGGGAUAAAGUCGCCUACCUUUUCCAGAGUGGAAAGGGGAAACCCUCCACCUAUUCCUCCCAAAAAGCCAGGUCUAACCCAGUCCCCAGCAUCUCCUGUUCCACCAACCAAAGUACCCAACCAAACCUCCUCCCUGGCAGCUUCAGUGGAUGUGCCCAGUAACCAUUGCUCCAACAAUGGGAUUAUUACAAAUGGGAAAGAAUUUGAAGUAAUGUUGCCAUCUGGUAGCUAGUUGUACUGCAACAUUCUAUGAACUUCAACUACUCUUAAUCAUGUCAGUUCCAUGCUUGAGUGGUAUAUACAGUCAAGCUGAUCAAAUGUAUUAUUUAUUUAGGUAGCAGAAGAAAUGUUAUUAUAUGCAGCAUAUAUUUUUUUCUAUAUUCUGUGUAAGUAUUUCAUUUUGCGGCCUCUUUCCUAAACUGUCAGAGGAAAAAAAAAUCUAAAACUGUCUUAAUGCUUAAUUAUAGGAUAAUGAAAACCAUUUCCUUUCAUUAUUUUAAUAACCAAGUCCAAAAAGGCAAAGUGGAGAAAUGCGAUAUCAUAAGAGUUGUUGUAACUAUCUGGUAUGUGUGCAAGAUUUGCAGACUUCUAUACUCAUUGAUGAAACUAUGGACUAGAAAAUGUUGAGUGGAUAACUCUAAAUAAUAAUUCAAUUUUUACAUUUUCAUUUUGACUGGGUGAAAUAUGUUAUCCACUGUGUUUAAAACACUUAUUUUGUUUCAUUAGUGCUGUAAGGUAACUGUGCUUAAAUGAAAUCUGUUACAUUACUGGAGUGUCCACAAGAUGGCAACACACACUGAGAAACAGACCAUGGCAAACUUUCCUGUACAAUAGAAAGAAAUGAGAGGAGACAUUAAUGCCAAGCAAGUACAAUAGCACCUCUAACUCUUUCUUGAUAUCAAUUCAUUAAAAUCACAAUAUCCA